GGCCCUUUCUUCAUCCGUCUUCGUUUAACAUCAACCUGAUCCCGCAUCAAGUGACUAGGCCAAAAGCCAUCGACGUAUCACACGCCCUUGUAUCUAAUCACAUUCUUCAGCCGCUUUCUUGUGAUCUAGGCUAUCCCUUCCUUUCCUUGACUCCGCUUUCAGGAGUCACUCGCUGCACACAGCCUCUUCACAUCUCACUAGUCUACUCAAGACAAGAUGAGCGGCUCACAGUAUCGCCCAGGCGGUAGCUCUGGCGGAUCAGGCUACAAUGGCGGCGGUGGAGGUAACAGCAGUUCUUGCAAUCACUCGCACACGAACUCUACUUGGAGAGGAGGCGCGUCUACCUCAUCUACACAAAGCAAUAGCUACGACCCAAACAACGAUUCUGUCUACGCACGAGUGUCUCGCCCAUUGUACCCGAACGGCGCGGCAAACGACUACGCUGCGUACACCGCACCUCCUGCUCCAAGACCCCAAGUUCAGCAAGCUCGCGCCUAUACCACCCCACAUCAGUUUGAGACGGGCCACUCGUCCUCUCACUUGCCUGUAUUCCCUUACCAAUCAUCCGAGAGCGACUUUUACUCGUCGCCGCCGCCUCACGCGUCUUCCUCGACAGGUCACCGUACGCAACCGGAGCAGGGACAGUAUCCGUACCAGUCUCCCAGUGGCGGUGCUCAUCCGAUUCAGACUGCGCAACAGCGCUCCGGGCCCUACGAAGCCAUUGGCUACAUCAGACGGGACGGAGCGGUGUACGAUAAGGAUGAAGUAUAUGAGGAGUACAGGCCAUAUGCCCAUCAACGUGGACAGCAACAAUAUUACGAAAGUAACUGACUAUCGCAAUAAAUGACAGCACGACGGUAUGAUAUGGGAUGAGAAGAGAACUGGUUUCCUUAUAUUUAUGUCUAUGGUUGUUGAGGGCACUGGGGGGCCGGCUGAGGUUCCAGCCCCAGGCGUCUAU